AUGAUGGAAAUAGGUUCCACAUUCUUAGCUUUACCUGGUUCCCAUCUGCCCAUACAGCCUUACUUGCUUUUUCGUAGAUCUCAGGGGAGACUACUCCAGGCCCUGGUGCUUCCCUGGUAUCCUAUUGAGGAGGAGUUAAAGCCCCAGCAGUUUCCAGAAGCUAAAGUGUUUCAGCCAAAGGAGAUGGAAAAUUGGCUAGAGGAGGCAAGGGUGGAAGGACAGUCUCCUCCUGAUAGAGGAGCAAAAAAGCUUGCACACAGGGGAAUCUCAUCAUCUUUGCCAGAUCUCUGGACUUUGGGAACAAGAAGGGUUCAGGGAGGUUUUACUGUCAUACCCACAGGAUGCCAGCCAUUGAUCUUUUCUCUUGUGGUCACCUUUUUUUUCUGUCUUUGUGAGGAGAAGUCAGAAGAGGAAAGCAUAGUGACCAGGUGUCUGACAAAUUAUUCUCAGGACCCAGUGAUCUUUGAGGAUGUGGCUGUGGAAUUCACCCAGGAGAAGUGGAUUUUGCUGGAUCAAACUCAGAGAAGGCUGUGCAGAAAUGUGAUGCUGGAGAACUACAAGAGUCUGGCUGCAAUAGAUUGGGAGAUUUGUCUUAAUACCAAAUGGUCAGUGUCUCAGCAUAAUAUUUUGCAGGGGAAAACACCCAGUGUGGUAGAAAUGGAGAGAAGCCAUACUGGAGAGGAACUGUUUAAUUUUAAACGUUGGGAAGAAGCCUUGAGGGGGAGGGGAAAGAUGGCGGAGGAGUAG